AUGUCACCAUUUGGAGCUCCAAGUAGCUCCCGCCGUGUGUUGCGGCCCAAGGUGCGUCCCGAUCCCAUGCUCACCGAGAGCAUUGAGCUACGUCAGGCGACCUUCGUCCUCCCACGAACGGGUCAACGUCUUAAAGGCCUGGUAAACUUGCGCGAUCCUCCAGAAACCGAAGCAGUAUUCGACGACGAAACCGAUCCCGAAGAAAGACAGGGCUUACUGUCUGACGAAAUAGAGACACGACAUGAUACACUUUGUACGAAAAUCUCCGCGCAGGCGCGAGAGCUGUGGGCAUGGAUAUAUAAGACCGGUACUUCCGAGCAGAACAUCGGCAUUUUCAAGUGCAGCUUAGCAUAUUUACUCGGCUCCAUGGCGACAUUUAUACCAAUCAUUUCCGCUUUUUUGGGUCACCAGGAUGGAAAGCACAUGGUAGCUACUGUGACGGUGUAUUUUCAUCCGGCCAGAACCAUAGGAAGCAUGUACCGAGCAUCCAUCUGCGCGUUACUUGCUUUCUGUUACUCGGCCUUCCUCUCCAUUACAAGCAUGUUGCUCGAAAAUCUCUUUCAAGAUACGCUGGAUAUGCCAGUUUUCGGUCAUGCAUUGGUACUCAUUGUCUUUGUAGGUGGUGGACUUGGCUUUGUUGGAUGGACGAAGCAGAGACUCGGAGAUCCACUAGUGAACGUCGCCUGCUCUCUCACGGCGCUUUCCACGAUCACCAUCCUGACCAAGGAAGGCUCCGUGCAGAGCGGUGAUUUAUCAUUGGAAAAGAUCUCCCAGGUUCUUAAAAUGGUCAUCAUGGGUGUUAUUUUGGCCAUGGCAGUAUCAUUCCUCAUAGUGCCUAUAUCAGCACGGAGGAAGCUUCGUGCUAACCUGGUUACUGUCACUGAUACGUUGGCAACAAUGCUAGCUCUCAUCACCCAUGCUUUCUUAAUUGGAUCUGAAGAAGAGUUGAAAUCUGCGGAAUUCAUUGACGCAGAAACAAAGCAUCGUAAGGCUUACUCUCAGCUUGACAACCUUGUGCGCGAAGCCAAACUAGAACAUUUCGUGGCGGGCACUGAGAAAGAAUAUCGGUUGGAAAAGAAGCUUGUUCGCUGGGUCCAAGAUAUCACCCAUAACAUGGGAGGACUGCGCAGUGCCGCAGAGCUUCAAUUCAGCUUGAUCCGAGAGACCAUUGCACGGGAGUCUGGGUUAUCAACCGAGGUCCCUACUCCUUAUGCUGACUAUGUUGCAUCUCUCGAACGUUCGUGGUCCUAUCCCGAUUCUUCUUUCUUGGAGCCUAUUGAUGAACGGCCAGAGGAAGAACUAUCGCCGGGUGGGAGCCUCAAUAUCUCAGGACAGGAGUCUGGUUCGGGUCCAAGUAACAAAGAACCUUUGCUUCCGGCUGAUGUAUUCACGAUUUUUAUAUCUCAUCUUGGUCCAUCUAUGCGAUCGUUGGCUUUUACUUUGAAGGAAAUCUUCAGCGAAAUUCCAUUCGGUCCAGGUCCGACGUACAAGGUCUCAGUAAACAAUCGACUUCAUACGAGUCUUGAACGUGCUCUUGAUCUGUAUCGCACGUCAAGACAGAAGACGUUGAAAUCACUCUAUGAACAAACAGAAGCUAUGAAACUAAAAACCCCAGAUGCUGAAGCGGACUUGGAGGAGGUUUCAGCUAGCUGUGGCCAUUUCAGUUUUUCACUUCUCGAGUUUGGAGAGCAGCUUCAUGAGCUGUUGGCUAUUUUGGAUGAGCUGCAACUUGAGACCGAAGAAAGACCUAAUGGACGGUCCUGGUCCUGGAUGAAGUUUUGGCGGAUGAAUCAGAAUAUCCCAGAUCCUGAAUUAUCCAAUGGCGCCGAGAGUAAUCGACUCCGUCAGCUUUCACGGACCAUAGGGUCGGAAGAUAGGAUUACAGCUGCUGUACGAGCUCGCUUACGUCCAUCUAGCGAGACAACGGUAAAGGAACGAGUAGGAUACCGGCUCUGGAAAUCACUCGAAUUCUUCCGACGAGAUGACACCAAGUAUGCGAUCAAAGUCGGCGCCGGUGCUGCUCUCUAUGCCUUGCCUGCUUUCCUUCCUUCCAUUCGGCCAAUUUAUCAGCAUUGGCGAGGUGAAUGGGGCUUGUUGUCCUACAUGUUGGUUUGCUCCAUGACCAUUGGCGCCUCUAACACGACCGGCUAUGCUCGUUUCCUAGGUACUUGCCUUGGAGCUAUUUGCGCAAUACUGGCCUGGUAUACCACCAGUGGAAAUGUCUUUGGUCUUGCAUUUUUCGGAUGGUUGAUGGCGACUUGGACCGCAUGGAUCACCAUUGUUCGCGGCAAUGGUCCCAUGGGACGAUUCAUCAUGCUGACCUACAAUCUCUCUGUCCUCUAUGCUUAUUCACUCUCACAGAAAGAUGCAGACGCCGAUGAAGACGAGGGAGGUCAAAACCCAAUCAUCACCGAGAUUGCCCUUCAUCGUGUUGUCGCUGUUUUGUCUGGCUGCAUCUGGGGUAUCAUCAUCACUCGUCUCAUCUGGCCUAUUAGUGCCAGAAGUCGCUUGAAGGAUGGUCUGAGUAUUCUCUGGCUACGCUUGGGUCUUGUCUGGAAACGUGAUCCGCUCACCACCAUGGCCAAAAGCGGCCGGUCUAUUGUUUAUAUGACUGCGCGAGAGAGACUCGAGCUUGAGCGGUUCUUAACUCGACUUGAGUCUUUGCUCACUGCUUCGCGCUCGGAGUUCGAGCUUAGAUGUGCCUUUAAUGAUGGACCUUAUGCUGAUAUCAUUCGGCGUUCUCGAAGCAUGGUGAAUGCGUUUCAUGCUAUGAACCUUGAACUUAUGAAAAGUGAUACAGUCACAGAAGGGGAAAUUACUCUUCUUCAAUAUACAGCUGGCGAGCGACAACAGCUCUCUGCUCGCAUCAGCCAUCUUUUGACAGUUAUGGCAUCAUCCAUGAAACUUGAAUAUCCAUUGAGCGAUGUUCUGCCCAGUAUAGAUCAUGCCCGUGACAGGUUACUGGGACGUAUCUAUCGCUAUCGUCAGGACCCUGAGGUUUCUCAACUGACCACGGACGAAGAUUGCGCUUUGCUAUAUGCCUAUAUUUUGGUCACUGGUCAGUUGUCCCGAGAAAUUAUGGAAAUCAUUGCAGAUAUAGGCCAGUUGUUUGGAGUUUUGAGUGAAGAUGUGGUGCAGCUAGUAUAA